AUGGUAGACAGAGACUGGGGAAACCAAACGGCCAUCACAGAAUUCAUCAUCCUGGGAUUCAGGGAUCUCCCUGACCUGCAAAUUCUUCCCUUCCUGAUGUUCCAAGUGAUCUACAUGGCAACCGUGGCCGGGAACACCCUCAUUGUGGUGCUCAUUGUGGCUGACCUGCACUUUCACACCCCCAUGUACUUCUUCCUGGGCAACUUGUCCUGCCUGGAGACGUGCUACACCUCAGCCAUCCAGCCCAGGUUGCUGUCCAGUCUCCUGACUGGGGACAGAACUAUUUCAGCCAGUGGCUGCAUCAUACAAAUGUAUUUCUUUGGUUCUCUGUUAAUAUUCUGUGGCCCAAAUGAAACUGACCAUUUCUAUUGUGAUUGCAUUCCACUGAUGGAACUCUCCUGCAGUGACACCCACCUGGUCAUAUUGCUGGCUUUCAUAAUAGCCUCCAUAUUCACCCUGACUCCAUUCCUACUAACCCUGACAUCCUACAUGUGCAUCAUCACCACCAUCCUGAGAAUCCCUUCCACCACUGGGAGACAAAAGGCCUUCUCCAUCUGCUCCUCUCACCUGAUUGUGGUGACAAUUUUCUAUGGAUCCAUAAUGAUUGUGUACCUGCUACUGAAACAUGAUACACUGAGAGACCUGAACAAAGUGCUCUCUCUUUGCUACACAGUCCUGACUCCGCUGGUAAACCCCCUCAUCUACAGCCUGAGAAACAGAGAGGUCAAGGAAGCCUUGUGCAAUGCGGUCAGUAAAUAUUUGGUUUUCACCAAAUGUGCAGAGACUCCAAGAGAAUAA